AUGCUCACCCUCCAACUCGCAGUAAGCCUCCUCGCGCUCCUCGCGCACGCCGCACCAGCACCAGCCCCCGCCCCCGCCAAACCCUGCGUUCCGGGCCCCGAGCAAAAAUGCAUCCCCGACGGACCGGGUAAGGCAGCCGGCACGAUCCCCAAGGUCAGCGCACCUCCUAGCCUGGAGGGCAUUGGCAAGGGUGCCGGGGGGGUCGGAGUUGCUCAACCCAACCCCGAGCCAGCCCCGCAGCCGGCCCCGGCCCCGGUCCCGGCGCCGCAACCAGCCCCUGGCGGUUCGGGGUCAUUGCGACCCGUGCCCGGUGGGAGUGGCACCGGCUCCGGCGGCGGCAGUGGUGGCGGUGGCAGCACCGGCUUUGGCAAGGGCGGCAAUGGCAAGAACCUCCCCGGUCCCGAGCUCCAGCCCAUGCAGAACUGGGACUGGGAGGUGUACGCCAAGUACUCCGCCAUUUCAAAGUGCGAAGGCGAUCAGGUCAAGCCGUGGACGUGCACGCUGUGCCAGGACCUCAACAAACGUGGCAAACACCGAGUCCUGAUGCACGGUGGUGACGGAUGGCUCCCGAAGCACUAUGUUGUGGUCAAUGAGGACCACAAGCACGCCAUCCUUGCCAUGGAGGGUACUGUGCCUUUGGGCAACCUCUUCAACGGACAAGGUGCGGCGCGCGAGCUGGACCAACAGCACGACCCUGGGGCUCCCCCGGACGUGCGCGUGCGCGGGGGCUUCUACAACGUCGCGAACGGGAUCGACGACCGCACCAAGGACUUCCUAACAACUGGGGUCAACGAUGGCUCCAUCCAGCACAUCAUCCUCGUCGGCCACUCGCAGGGCGCGGCAGCCGCCGAGAUCCUCGGGCCACGACUGACAAGCCGCUACAACGGCAAGGCGACCGUCACUUGGGCCGACUACGUCGAGAAGACGAUCGAGGCCAAUCGCUUCCGCUACGUGAUCCACUCGUCGGACAGCGUGCCGCACGAGCUCAAGCAACUCGAACUCCCGUCCACCGUCGCUGGCGGCGGCGGCGGCAAAGUAGACGCCAUCCACCCGCGGGGCGAGACCUGGAUCACCCCGGCCGGCGAGUACGUCGACUGUCCCGGGAGGGAGAACCCCCAGUGCUCCCAGGGCCAGACGAAGCUUACCACCGAGUAG